AUGUGGUGUCAGAUCAUCAUUUGUGGAGCCUGCUUUUUGGGUACAAGAGUCGGAAUCGGUGUCGAGGGCCUUAAAACUCUAGGAAUUGGAAUCCAACUUCAAAGCCUGAUAAAAGAUUUGCAAUUAGAUAUAUCUGUACCUCAGCGCCACACUAACGUUUUUGUGUUCGCUGCUUUGCUUGCUGUAGCACUAGCAGGAGAGCAUUACGGCUAUGACGAAGAUGAAGCUCAUCACGAACCUCAACCAUACCACUUUGGUUACCACGUAAAAGACCACCACGGAGAGCAGCACCGUGAGGAAGCCAGCGAUGGACAUGGUAAUGUCAAAGGAAGUUAUGGUUUCGUCGACGAAAAAGGAAUCCACAGGGAAGUACAUUACGUUGCUGACGACAAAGGUUUCAGGGCUGAAAUCAAAACCAACGAGCCCGGAACUGCCAACCAACAACCUGCCAGCGUAGGUUUUCAUUCAAAUUCCCAUGAUUACCUCCAUUUCCACGAUGAUGUGCCUCAUUACCAUCAAGGAGGACAUUUCUAAGAACAAUGACCCUUCAUUUAGGCAAUGAUAUAUCAAAAGUUAGGAACUGGACAUUUUCAUCACCUCAUCCGAGAUGAACAUUCACUUUGGAGUGUAUGAGUAUACCGUCCAUGAGUGCCGUAUCAGGAUCUCAUGCGUAGCACCUGUCAUGAAACUCAUACCAAGAACCUACAUCAGCUCUUUUCCAUGAAAAGAACUCAUACUGUGAAACGUUGAACGCGACGUAAAUUGUACAUAAGAAUGCAGACAUCCUCCAGUGUCUUUCUUUUACUGUGAUCUCCAAGAUUGUGUUUCAAAGAAAUAUGAUAUAUUUUAAUUGAGAUUAGCAAUGGUUUUUAUCAAUCGAAGAGUAAAAUAUGAAGCUUAUUAAAUUUAUUUUUAUAUGAAAAAAAUGAAAGCGCAGUUCUAUUUUUGAAAUUUGAAAUCAAUAACAGAACUGAAGAAAAAAUAUUUUUUGCUAUUUAUUACCAACCCAAAAUAAAUUAAAUACAAAA